CUCCUCCGUACGGUGUCUUUAGUGACUAUAGGUCGUGUCCAGGUGUCAGGUAAAAGGACGGUGCUGCUGUCCAAUGAGGCGAGGAGAGAGAUAGCGAAGCAGGUGAGAGCCAUGAAUGAGGAGAGACGAGGGAAGCUGGACGCCCGACACAAGUACUUGAUCAGCAGGUUGGCAGACGCCGCGACGCUGGGGGAGGCGGAGGUGGAGGACGCCCUCACCUCUGAUGACAAGUUCAGUCUCGUCCAUGAUUUCUUUGCUGCGAACGGAUCCAAGAAGCUGAUUUUCUUCUAUCAGAAUGUGAAGCAGAAUCUGUCGUCCAGUCGUUCCUCCUCUGUGGACGCCGCGGCCUCAGCUGUGGCUCAGAGGAAACUCUUCGUCACCACAGGGAGCUCCGAGGUAGAUCAGUAAUCUUUGGUUUGUGUUGCAUCUUUUUGUUUAAUACCAGAUGAUGCAACAGCGUGAGGACAAGACAACACAGAGUCAUCAUGCAACUUCACUGAGUCAGUCAGCUCUGUGCACGUGUUGACUGAUACCUGACUCUCUGAGUCUGUGUUGUGUUGCUAUGGGAGAAAAUCCUGAGCGCUGAUUUGUUUGGUGGUUAGCGAGGUGAUACAAAACAACUUCAGCUUACAAUACAUUACACAACCUGAAAUACUUUCCAUUUCCUGUCUCUCACAGA